CGGAGCCUUCCCGGCUGGGGCUGAAGGCCACUGCAGAGGAUGAGGAUCCUUCCCAGCCCGGGGAUGUCUUCGCUGCUCUCCCUCGUGAACCUCCUCUCCAUGCUGCUCAUAGGCUGUGUAGCUGAAAGUCCCCCUGUGUUCAUUAAAAAACCUGUGGACCAAAUUGGUGUGUCAGGAGGGGUGGCCUCCUUUGUGUGCCAAGCAACUGGAGACCCCAAGCCAAGGGUCACCUGGAACAAGAAAGGGAAGAAAGUGAACUCGCAGAGGUUUGAGACAAUUGAGUUUGAUGAAAGUGCAGGAGCAGUUCUGAGGAUCCAGCCCCUGCGCACUCCCCGGGAUGAGAACAUUUACGAGUGCGUUGCUCAGAACCCUCACGGGGAGGUCACCGUCCAUGCCAAGCUCACUGUCCUCCGAGAGGACCAGCUACCUCCUGGCUUCCCAAACAUUGAUAUGGGACCCCAGCUGAAGGUGGUGGAGCGGACACGAACGGCCACGAUGCUGUGUGCAGCCAGUGGGAACCCAGACCCAGAGAUCACUUGGUUUAAAGAUUUCCUGCCUGUUGACCCCAGUGCCAGCAAUGGGAGAAUAAAACAACUGAGAUCAGAGACCUUUGAAGGUACACCGAUCCGAGGUGGCCUGCAGAUCGAGAGCAGCGAGGAGACAGACCAGGGGAAGUACGAGUGCGUGGCCAGCAACAGCGCCGGGGUGCGCUACUCCUCCCCUGCUAACCUUUACGUGAGAGAGCUACGAGAAGUUCGCCGCGUGGCUCCUCGCUUCUCCAUCCUGCCUGUCAGCCACGAAAUCAUGCCCGGGGGCAACGUCAACAUCACCUGCGUGGCCGUGGGCUCCCCCAUGCCCUACGUCAAGUGGAUGCAGGGAGCAGAAGACCUGACCCCCGAGGAUGACAUGCCCGUGGGCCGCAAUGUCUUGGAGCUCACGGAUGUCAAGGACUCAGCCAACUACACCUGCGUGGCCAUGUCCAGCCUGGGAGUCAUAGAAGCUGUUGCUCAGAUCACGGUGAAAUCGCUCCCCAAGGCUCCUGGGACACCUGUGGUGACAGAGACGACAGCCACAAGUAUCACCAUCACCUGGGACUCUGGAAACCCAGACCCUGUGUCCUACUAUGUCAUUGAAUACAAGUCCAAAAGCCAGGAUGGACCCUACCAGAUCAAAGAGGACAUCACCACCACGCGCUACAGCAUCGGGGGGCUCAGCCCCAACUCGGAGUACGAGAUCUGGGUCUCUGCAGUCAACAGCAUCGGGCAGGGGCCUCCCAGUGAGUCAGUGGUCACUCGGACUGGGGAGCAAGCUCCUGCCAGUGCCCCCCGAAACGUGCAGGGUCGCAUGCUGAGCAGCACCACCAUGAUCAUCCAGUGGGAGGAACCGGUGGAGCCCAACGGGCAGAUCCGUGGCUAUCGAGUCUACUACACCAUGGAGCCUGAUCAGCCUGUCAGCAACUGGCAGAAGCACAACGUGGAUGACAGCCUCCUGACCACGGUGGGCAGCCUGCUGGAGGAUGAAACCUACACAGUGCGGGUCCUGGCCUUCACCUCCGUGGGAGAUGGGCCUCUGUCCGACCCCAUCCAGGUUAAGACGCAGCAAGGAGUUCCUGGGCAGCCGAUGAACUUCCGAGCAGACGCCAAGACGGAGACCAGCAUCGUCUUGUCUUGGAGCCCCCCUCGGCAGGAGAUCAUAGUCAAGUACGAGCUGCUCUACAAGGAGGGAGACCACGGCAGGGAGGUGCAGAAGAACUUCGAGCCAGCGACCUCCUUCACUCUGGAAGGCCUGAAGCCCAACACUGAGUAUGUCUUCCGGCUGGCCGCCCGCUCGGCUCUGGGCCUGGGGGCCUUCACCCCGGAGGUCAGGGAGCGCACCUUGCAGUCUAAACCGUCUGCCCCCCCUCAAGACGUAAAAUGUGUCAGCACCAGAUCCACUGCCAUUCUGGUAAGUUGGCGGCCGCCUCCGGCUGAGAGCCAAAAUGGCAUCCUGGCUGGCUACAGCGUCUACUAUCGAGCCCUGGACUCCGAGGACACGGAGCUUAAGGAGGUGAAUGAUAUCCCCCCAAGCACCAGUCAGCUCCUCCUGGAGUCCCUGGAGAAGUGGACCGAGUACCGCAUCACCGUCGUGGCUCACACGGAGGUGGGGCCGGGCCCGGAGAGCUCGCCGGUUAUCGUCCGGACGGAUGAGGAUGUGCCCAGUGCCCCUCCUCGGAAGGUGGAGGUGGAGGUGCUGAACUCCACUGCCAUCCAGGUGUUCUGGCGCUCCCCAGUCCAGAGCCGCCAGCACGGCCAGAUCCGCGGCUACCAGGUCCACUAUGUGCGCAUGGAGAACGGCGAGGCCAGGGGGCUGCCCCAGAUCAAGGAUAUCAUGCUGGCUGAUGCCCAGUGGGAAACAGAUGACACUGCUGAAUACGAGAUGAUCAUUGCUGGGCUCCAGCCUGAGACUUCCUAUUCCAUCACCGUAGCAGCCUACACCAUGAAGGGAGAUGGAGCUCGCAGCAAACCCAAAGUGGUCACCACAAAGGGUGCAGUCCCAGGGAAGCCCAUCCUGUCCGUGCACCAGACAGAGGAGAACGCUCUGCUGGUGAAAUGGGAGCCUCCCCUGGAUGCAGAAGGCCAGGUGCUGGGCUACAGGCUGCAGUUUGGCCGCAAGGACGUGGAGCCCUUGGCCACCUUGGAGUUCCCUGCCACGGAGGAUAAGUACACAGCUGCCAGCAUCCACAAGGGCGCCACCUACGUGUUCAGGCUGGCCGUCAAAAGCCGGGCUGGCUUCGGGGAGGAAGCUGUGCAGGAACUCACCACCCCUGAAGACAUCCCCAAGGGUUACCCCCAGAUCCUGGAGGCGAGCAACAUCACUUCCAUGUCGGUGCAGUUCGGCUGGCUGCCCCCCGUGCUGGCCGAGCGGAACGGAGCCAUCGUCAAGUACACCGUAGCCUACCGGGAGGCCGGGUCCCCUGGCAGCCCCCUGGAGAGAGACCUGCCCCCCUCCCCAGAGAACUCCUACACCCUCAACGGCCUCAAACCCAACACUGCCUACGAUGUUAAAAUCCGUGCCCACACCAGUAAAGGCCCCGGGCCCUACAGCCCAACCGUCCAGUAUCGGACGUUCCAGCUGGACCAAGUUUUACCCAAAAACUUCAAGGUGAAGAUGGUGACAAAGACUUCUGUCCUUCUGAGCUGGGAGUUUCCUGAGAAUUACAAUUCCCCCACCCCAUACAAGAUCCAGUACAACGGGCUGAACGUGGACGUGGACGGCCGCACCACCAAGAAGCUCAUCACCAACCUCAGGCCUCGCACCUUCUACAACUUUGUCCUCAUGAACAGAGGCAACAGCAUGGGAGGCUUGCAGCAGAACGUGGCAGCCUGGACUGCAGCUGAUAUGCUGCCAAGGAAGCCAGAGGUCACCCACAAGCCUGACGCUGAUGGCAACGUGGUGGUGAUUCUGCCCGACGUGAAGAGCCCUGUGGCUGUCCAGGCUUACUACAUUGUGGUGGUGCCUCUAAGGAAGUCCCGAGGAGGACAGUUCCUCAACCCCUUGGGCAGCCCCGAGGAGAUGGACCUGGAGGAGCUGGUGCAGGACAUCGCCAGGCUCCGGCGCCGCAGCCUGCGCCACUCCCGGCAGUUGGACUUCCCCAAGCCCUACAUCGCCGCCCGCUUCCGCUCCCUGCCCUCCCACUUCAUCCUGGGGGACAUGAAGCACUACGACAACUUUGAGAACAGAGCCCUGGAGCCAGGCCAGAAAUAUGUCCUCUUCAUCCUGGCAGUGCUGCAGGAGCCCGAGGCCACUUUUGCUGCUAGUCCUUUCUCUGACCCCAUCCAGCUGGACAACCCUGAUCCACAGCCCAUCAUAGAUGGGGAGGAAGGGCUGAUCUGGGUCAUUGGGCCCGUCCUGGCCGUGGUCUUCAUCAUCUGCAUCGUCAUCGCCAUCCUGCUCUACAAAAACAAACCAGACAGCAAAAGGAAAGAUUCAGAGCCAAGGACAAAAUGCCUGCUGAACAAUGCUGAGAUCACCCCUCACCACCCCAAGGACCCUGUGGAGAUGAGGAGAAUCAACUUCCAGACCCCAGAUUCUGGUCUGAGCAGCCCUCUCAGUGACCCUGAGUUUGACUUUGAAAGUAUGCUCAGCCACCCACCAAUCCCUGUUUCCGAGCUGGCUGAACACACAGAGCACCUCAAAGCUAAUGAUAACCUGAAAUUAUCCCAAGAGUAUGAGUCCAUUGACCCUGGCCAGCAGUUCACCUGGGAGCACUCCAACCUGGAAGUGAACAAGCCCAAGAACCGCUACGCCAACGUCAUCGCCUACGACCACUCCCGCGUCAUCCUGCUGCCCAUCGAAGGAAUUGUGGGCAGUGAUUACAUCAAUGCCAACUACAUUGAUGGCUACAGGAAGCAGAAUGCCUACAUUGCCACCCAGGGCCCUCUGCCUGAGACCUUUGGGGACUUCUGGAGGAUGGUGUGGGAGCAGCGUUCAGCUACCAUAGUCAUGAUGACUAAGCUGGAGGAGAAGUCACGGACUAUCUUCAACAGUAUGACAGUGGAUAACGACAAUCACGUGUUUGACAACGUUAUGACAGAAGGAGAGCACGUCUGGGGUGCUGGAGUGGGCAGGACCGGAGUGUUCAUCACGCUCAGCAUCGUCCUGGAGCGGAUGCGCUACGAGGGGGUGGUGGACAUCUUCCAGACAGUAAAGAUGCUGCGGACACAACGACCUGCAAUGGUGCAAACAGAGGAUGAAUACCAAUUCUGUUACCAGGCAGCUCUGGAGUAUCUGGGAAGUUUUGAUCACUAUGCAACAUAA